CUAACGACAAGAAACGAUAUUAUUAAAAUGAGAUUUCCAACCGCGACCAGUAUUAUUCAUCUGCUACUUGCAGCGCAAUUCACCGAAGCAUUUCAAUUCGGCAGCAGAUAUCUUCGAAAUGGCAGAAGAACGCAACCCCUAUUUUCGACCAUCGACGAUCAGGAUUCUAAGCCAAAGGCCAUCACGAAGGAAAAAAAGAUCUACAUAAAAAAUGAACGAGAACAGAUUGCGAGAAAGAAAGACUUUUAUCGGGGGGCAGGAGUUUUCAGGGAUGUCAAAGCAGAAGUUACGCAAGACAUGAAAGAACAGUUUGACUCCGAUCUGAUGAAUAAGAUGAAGGAAAAUCCGAAUUACAUGAUUGAGAAGGAUGGAGUGGAAUUUUACUUGGCAAAAGAUCAUGGAUUUUGUUGGGGAGGUGAGUACCGAGAAGCCUCGUUCGAAAAAUGAAAAUGAGAUUUUUAUCACUCUAAAUCUUCCAAUAUUUCCUUCUCUGCUAUACCUGAGCCAGUGGAACGCUCCAUCAACUUGGCGUAUAGUGCAGUAGAAACGUUCUCCGAAUCAAAGGUCCAUAUCACCAACGAAUUGAUUCACAAUCCCAUGGUCAAUGAUCGACUGCAUACGAAGGAUGUAAAUUUUAUUGGUAAGGACGAGGACAAUGGCAAGGAUUUUUCACAAAUCGAAGAAGGUGACGUAGUCAUGCUACCUGCGUUUGGAGCUACACUAGAGGAAAUGAAGUAAGUACCAAAAGAAACCUUACGGGGAGACAUUCAAUAUUUCCCGCAUUAAGUAUGUUUAGUGGUUACUGAUUUGCCCUGCUUUUUUCAUUGUAUCCUCAAUUUGGUGACCUUUCUCUCCAGAGAACUUGAUGCGAAAAAAGUCAAGGUGGUGGACACAACAUGCCCUUGGGUUGCAAAAGUAUGGAACACAGUCCAUACCCACCAAGUGCGAGGUCUGACCUCUGUAAUCCACGGAAAAUACGCCCAUGAGGAAACUAUGGCUACCAAAUCUAUGUGCGAGACUUACAUUUGCGUCAAGAACUUAGAGGAAGCCGAGUACGUUUCCGAUUUCAUUCUGACUGCUAAAGAGGGGGACGGUCGUGCAGAGAAGUUCAUGGAGAAAUUUUCGAAGGCCUGUAGCUCCCACUUUGACCCCCACAGGCAUUUGAAGAAAAUUGGCCUCGCCAACCAAACGACCAUGUACAAGAAGGAAACAAGGGCGAUCGGCCAGCUGCUCCAAAAGACCAUGAUGAAGACUUUUGGACCGGAUCUGAUCAACGAGCACUACUACGAGUUCGAUACGAUCUGUGAUGCCACGCAGGUUCGACAGGACGCGGUGGACGAGCUUUGCAAUAUGCACGAUGAUCCGGAGCAGGUAAGCCUCGACUUUAUCCUAGUGGUGGGGGGCUUCGACUCCUCGAACACAGCCCAUCUUCUAGAAAUUCCGGAUGCGCGAGGGGUCACUUCAUUCCACAUUGACGCGGCCGAGUGCGUCCAAGCCGAAAAUAAACUGAAGCACCGGACCGUCGACGGAGAAAUUACCACUAGGGCUCCGUUUCUGACCGAGGACAUGCUGUGGACCACCGACGCAGAUACCGGAGAGCGCACAAAGAAAGUCCUCCGCGUGGGAGUGACGAGUGGGGCGUCAACCCCCGACAAGGAGGUUCAGGACGCCCUCGGCAGGAUAAUGAUGCUGAAUAAACUCAGUGAGGCUGGAUACAAGCUAAAAGAAGAGAAAGAAGAAUGAAAUCAUUAUAUUUAGAUGGUAAAAUAGAUAAAAUAUUCUUCAAGGCAUUUGUUACUACUUGACACGAACUGGCGUCCAAAAUUUAUCUUGGGAUCAAGGAACUUAUUUGCAGAAAGCGAUCAACCCGCAACAUCGAUCCAUUCGCUGUCCUGCACCCUAAAGCAGUAUCCCCACCCGGUACUCAAAGGACACACGAUCCUCUGUGGUCUCGUCCGCCGCUGGAUCGGCAAAGGCGGUAUGAAAGACGGGCAUCCUUGCACUCGUUUCGAUGCGUAGUUGGUGAAACUGCUUGAAGACCACAACCUCGUUGACUGUCAUAUCGGGGUAGUAAUAGAACCUGUGUUCCGGAUUUUCCUUCAACGCGGUCACUACUCCCAGCGAGGCCGAGUCCACCUCCACAAAAUCGCCCUCUUGCAGCGUAGUUGGGUCGAGAAAACAAAGCGGGAAGGAGCGCAGCUCGGAAGAGUCAGACAUUGGCUUGAUUGGCCUCCAUAGGUUGACGAGCAUGUACUCGUCAGCCUGUUUUUCUUCGUACAAAGCCUUUUGCGAUCCGAAAUCAAAAAAUGGGUUCCGUUCCACCACGGCGUCAAAGUCGAGGCCGUAGUCGUUGUGGACCUGCUUGGCAAAACCUUUGUUGAGAUUGUUGGUAGGGUAGCGCCGGAUCCCCCUGGAGGGGCCCAUGACAUUCUUGGCCCGCGGCAGAAUGGACCGGAGCAGAUCGGUAGUUUCCUUGGCAUAGAUGCGUUUCACAGGCGUGUCCCCGUUCCGAAAGUCAUCAAUAAUCGCUUGAUAGGAAGAUCCACCAUCUUUCGAGCGGUUCCCAUAGGCCCCGAGGAGAGCCGCGAUGUUGCGAUCGCUCUCCGACCAGUCGGAGGCCUCCAUGGCGCUGGUGUGGUUCAGAACUACAAACCCGUACCGUUCAAAAAACUCCGCUUUGGUCAGGCCCUCCUCGGCUUCCUUGGCGCGUGCAUCAUAGAUCGUCGCCGGGAUGCUCCGGAAAUAGAAAGCGCGGGUGACGCGCAGCAGCUGCGAGAGACCGCCCCCAAAGACAAAUUUCAGGCCGGAACGGACGCGCUUCCACGGGCUGAUGCCCCUCAGGGCGAUCCAAUCAAGGUCGGUUUUGUACAAAGACCUCGCGCCCCUUGGGAAGAUCCCCGGGAGCCUUGUGUCGACGUCUCUUCGGGGCGGUGCCGCAAAGGUUUGUUCCCGUUCCAGGUAGACCAGCUGUGUGUUUUCUGUGCUUGUGUUGUUCUCGUUAGGUUGAGGCGAAGCCACUGCUUGUUCCGAUGUGUGUGGUAUGGAUUGUGACAACACCCCAAGCGAAGAUAGCACUAGAAAUAGCGCCAAGAAAAGUAAUUUGGUGUUGUGACGAUUGGUAUUGUUUGACAUGAUUAAAAGUUCUAUUGGAUUUUGUUAGUUUAUUAUUGAUUUGGAAGUAGUAUUUGUGAAAGUUAUGAAAGGAAAGAAAUGUUGGUGGAAGGGAUGACAGAGUGAGGAAGCUUGAUCACGACUAAACGGUCAUCAGUAACAAACUUGGCGUGAUCUUUCCAUCUGUUUCUUCUUCAGCUUCGGCCCAUGAUUUCGAAGCGCUCAAAAAUUAUCCACGAUUGAACGCUUUCCGAGACUGCACGAAGAGCGCCAAUAGAAAUAGUCAUAACCU